CUGUCUUUCGCCAUGGCUACCACGGGCAUGCAGUUGCUGGGUCUGAUCCUUUCCAUCGUGGGCUGGGUGGGUGGGUUAAUAGUUUGUGCCAUCCCCCUGUGGCGGGUCACCGCCUUCAUCGGUAACAACAUAGUGACAGCUCAGAUCAUUUGGGAAGGCCUUUGGAUGAAUUGCAUAGUGCAGAGCACAGGUGAGAUCCAGUGUAAGGUGUACGAUAGCUUGCUGGCUCUGCCCAGCGACAUGCAGGCCGCCCGCGGCCUCACUGUGUUGUCCAUCCUGCUCUGUGGCCUGGCUCUGGCUCUGGGGGUCCUAGGAGUCAAGUGCACUAAAUGCAUCGGCGUAAACAGCCUUAAAGCCCGCAUUGCUCGCAUUUCUGGCUCCCUUUUUGCCAUCGCGGGGUUUCUUUACCUUGUGCCCGUCUGCUGGACUGCCCACUCCAUCAUCAGGGAUUUCUAUGAUCCACAUGUGGCAGCUCCACACAAGCGUGAGCUCGGCCCUGCCCUUUACAUCGGCUGGGGGGCGUCAGCCUUGCUUCUAAUUGGGGGGUCACUGCUCUAUGCGGGGUCAAGUCCUCCCGGAAUCCCAGGCUCUCCCACUUUCAGCAGUGGAGAGAGCAGUCCACGCAGGGCACCUGCCACACAAGUCAAAGGUUAUGUCUAAUGUCUGAAGGCCUUCCACAAAUCCACCCCGAAUGAUGUCAAACCUGUCUUUUCUCCUCUUGACAUUGAUUCAUGUAAUUAUUUUUUAUUAAGUGUCACUUUUCUUUUGUUGUCUUGAGAAACGUCACAGGAGGCUGAAAACUGAACUUGUUUUAUUAUGUCAUACCUGAUACCCUUCAAUAACACUCUUUCUCUGUCUGCCAGUUAAAUACAAUAAACGUUGUAUGCUCUGUGGAGGAAAAAUGGUGUGUGUUUACAUUUGUACCAUUACAUAUAUUAAAGCUC